UCUUAGAAGAAAAUAAAGAUAACUCUGCAUAAACUAAUCAUGGCUUUACCUUAUUCAUUUGCUACUACUACUAAAUCUUCAGUUUUUUCAAAGCUUCACAACACUUCUUUCUUCCAACACAAUCAACUACAAAGAGCAAAUGUUGUUACUGUUGUAAACCGUGAAUCAAAAGACUCAUCAGAAGAUAACAUAGAACUGCAAGCAAAGGGUCCAAAGCUAGAGAUAGGUUCACCUAUUAUUUUUACAGAGGCUCCUAAAAUGAUUAAGACUACUGCUUCUGUUCUAUGUCUUAGGGUUAAUUCUGGUUUGGUCAAGCCUGGUGAUGUUGGAAGGGUUGACAUAGUCACAAGUUGAUUCUGAUGUUGUCGAUCCAUCUUUUGAGCCACUAAUACUAGUAGAAGAUUCCACUAUAUAGCUUGUAAGAUCAACCAUCCGGUUCUCGAGGUUGUCUUCUGCACUUGUUGAAGCUGUUAGCUCUCCCUCACUUGGAA